UCCAUUUUUGGUUGACUCAAUUUUCGUAUUAAUAGAGAUUAGAAUCGUUAUACAAAAUUAAAAGACUUAAUUUUCAUCUACUCAACAAAGAGUUAAAAUAAGAAAGUGAAUAUUUUACCAAACAUAUUAGUCACUUGCUUGUUGUUGUAGGAAUCUAUAAAAAUAUGCUUACCUAAGUUGACAACACCUCCCAAUUUAACCCUUCAAUGGCUUAAUAGGUGUUGGUUGCCCAUUAUUAUCAUAAUUAACAAAGUUAUAUUUAUAUAUAUAUAUAUAUAUAUAUAUUAUACAAUAUAUAUUAUCUAAUCAAGCUUUUUCUUCUUCUUAUAUUUAAUUUGUCCCAUACAUAAUCACUAUAAAUAGCUGCAUAUUAGAUUUAUAUUUCAUUACAAUUAUACUCUUUAUUGAGUAAGAAUUAAAAUGAAGUCUUUUAUUUUUGUGUUCUUUUUUUGGGCAGUAACUCUUAUCUCCAUUGAUGCAGAAAUUGAGCCAACCCAAACUCAAAAACAAUCUAGUGCUAGAAAAGAAUCCAAAAUAAUUGAUGGAGGCUUAAGAUAUGGUAGCGAACUUGUAGAAAUAUAUAAAGGAGGUAAAUAUAUAGGUCAAUAUAAAGGUCAAAACAAAGGAGGUAAACAUAAAGGUCAAAAUAAUGAUGAUGAUGAUGAUGAUGAUGAUGGUGAUGGUGAUGAUAGCAAAAAGACCAAAAAACCAGGAAGUAGAACUUCAGAAUGUUGGGAUAGUCGAGCACAAAAAUGGAGAUCUCGAGGAAGUCGUGGAGGAGCAGGGAAAAGGAAGGGAAAAAGAAGGGAUUAGAAAUAAAAUAAUGCAUUAAUAUAUUAACAUAUAUUUGGUUGGUGGGUAUGUGGCCUUUUCUAUAUAACAAAGUUUUCCUUAAUUAAUACCCCAAUUAUACUUGUAGUUUUAUAUUUUAAACAAGUUAUUUAUUUAAUACAAAAAUAAAAAAGUUAUCUUACCUCUAUUA